CCCAUUUAUCUCUACAGUCUGAAUUAGAUUAGUGCUAAUGCUUCUUCACCAGUGGAAGAACACUUGAGCUGUUUAUACAUUCCUCGUGUUUUAUAUUUUACAUUGAUUUAUCCAAAAUUGGUUCACUUUACAGCCUAUGAGAAGCUGGGGUGGAAUUAAUUCGUUUUCUUAGACAAACUGUACCUUUAAUGUAGUGAAUAGAGAGGUGGGCUAGGAAUCGGGGAGACACGUUCAAAUUAUACCAUUUGGUCAAAAAAUAUUAACCCAACUGACUAGGGAGGUUCUGGACUAGACAGUGGGAGUACAAUGAAUGAAAUAAUGCUUAUUUCUCGCCACAAUAGUUAUGUGACCAUGGACAAGCAUUUUAGCUUCAGUUUUCUCAAGUAGUAUUACUUGUUGAUCUGGAGAAGGUAAACUGAGGGGGAACUUUUACUUCUUGAGAUAGAGAGGACAAACUGAGGAAACUUUUACUGUUUGAGACUGGAGAGGACAAGCUGAGAGAAAAGUAUUACUUCUUGAAUUAGAGAGGAUGAACUGAGGGGAACCUGUUUCUUCACCAAUGGCUGUCGUUCUCUGGCUUUGACUACAGAGAGGAUUGCUGCAGGAACCUAAAACUGCUGAGGGAAUCUGAGGCUGCUUAAUGGUAACGGAGGACAGAGAAAUGCUACUGGGGGAUAUUACCACACACAGGGACACUGGUACACAAGGGACUACUCUGGGGGAUCUGCCUGUGAUCCCUAACAAUGGCUGAUCUAUUUCCUAAUCUCCUUCCUCUCUCACUCCCUCCUUCCUCCCUGCUCCAACUGCCACCCUUCUCCCAAUUUUCCCUCCCCCUGAGUGAAUUAUAAAAUAUUCCAAGUUUCUUUCUCAGGUUAUGCUCAAGAUGAGCAACUGAUCCCAUUCCCAUCAUUCCAUAUGGCCUUGAUCACUUUACCCAAGUCCCAUUUUUAUUUAUCCAGCCUUCCAACUUGCAGAAUUUUGACUUGUCUGAGAAAAUAUUUGAGCCCUGAUAACAAGAAAGGCAGGAAAAUCAUGUGUCAGGGAUAUUUUCCCCUGCAACAAAAGCAAUUCAGAAUCUACUUUCAGCAUGCAUACCAUAAAAAACAUCACUCAGAAAAAGGGAAUAAACCUCACCCAAUUGGACCUGUGCUUUUUCAAACAGCAACAUGGGAAAGGUUUGAAAAAAGUGAUGGUCUUGUGGAUGAUCAGAGAAUUUAUAAGAAGCUAAAUAGUUUUACUUCAUCUGAACAGGUGUUAAAAUUUGUAAGCACACUGGAAACCUUGUCAGAUACUAUGGCAGCAACAGCUUUGUAUCGGGUCUCUGAAAUGGAACAGGAUGAAGGUGGUCAAAAAGUUCCAAAAACAAUCUUGGAGAAUGAAAUCUUCAGAGCAUUAUGCUUUCAGUUUGAAUAUGAAUCCACAAAUCUUUCAGACACUGGUCUGGUGACUGCUUUAAAAGCUUUGACAGGAUUGCAUGUGGAUCCCCAGAGUAAUUUACUAGUAAAUCUGAUGAUGGAGUGCCAAAAUCGACUUCUACAAGGUCACAUGUCAGUUCACAAUCUUUGUGUUCUUGGAGAAAGUAUGAUUAAACUCCAGAGCCCAAACUGCGCAGUACUAAAAGAGAUAAUACUUCAACUUCAAAGUCAAAAGUUGCAGGAAUGUGAACCUGAGGAUAUAGUAGCAAUUUAUAUGUUACUUCAAGCUGCUUUGGGAGAAGUGGUUCAGUACCAGGAUUUUUUGGAUCACUUAAACCACCUCUCUAUUUCUUUAGUUUAUAAAUUCAAUCCUAAAUUCACAAGCCAAGUACUGAAUGCCUUGGUGGUUCUUAACCAAACUCAAGCUUUUCCUUUGGUUGUAAAGCUUUGUAUACAUUCAGUAAGAUUUGUCCCUCAUUUUACCAGUGAAGAGCUAAGAAAAGUCUUAGAGGCUUUCAUACACUUUGGUUACACUGAUAAAUUUUUCACAGAAGCCUUGGAACAGCAUGUUUCCACAAGUUGUCUCACUAUGCACCCUGAAUGUGUCACUCAAGUCAUGCAGUACUGCAGUAAAAAAAUGAUUCUUUCAAAACCUAUCUUUGAUGCAGUGGCAGAAAGUUUUGUUUACCAAGCUGAAAUAUUCUCCCCUGUCCAGAUUUCUCAGUUGAUUGUACCAUUUGGGAAACUCAAUUACCAGCCCCUAAAUGCUCCACUUUUUUUUAGGAAGCUUGAAAAUACAGUAAGAACUCAAUUUAAUUAUUUUCCUCCUCAAGUCCUGUUGAAUCUUCUCCAUUCUUGCACCCUCAUUGGACGCCACCCAGUCAAUCAUGUGGCAAAGUUAUUUAGACCAUAUUUUCUUCAGAAAUUACAAGCUCAGAAAUCAGGUUUAAAUAGAUCAAUUCUGGCCCAGCUGACCCAGCUUUAUUUAGCAACGGUUUUGGAGUGUCCCUUCUAUAAGGGUCCUAAGCUGCUCCCCCAGUAUCAAGUGAAAUCAUUUCUCAUUCCCCAUAAUCUCCUGGAGACCCCUAUGGAUCUUCUACUUUAUAAAACUAUUAGAGUUGGACUAAUUGACCUUUUAGGAGCAAGAAUAUAUUUUGGUUCAAGAGUCUCAACUUCCUGUUGUUACACAGUAGAUAUUGAGAUUAAACUAGAUGAAGAAGGAUUUGUAUUACCAUUUACAAGCUAUGAAGAUGCAUUUAAAAGAUUAGCACUUUGCAUUGAUGAUCCAAAGAGAUUUUGUUUGAAUAGCCACAAUUUAUUAGGAAAAGAAGUUAUUAAACAAAGACAUCUACGAUUACUUGGUUAUGAAGUUAUACAGAUUCCAUUUCAUGAAGUUGACACUCUCCAGUCAAGAUCCAAACUAGUGAAUUAUUUAAAGAAAAAAUUAUUCCCUCACAGCUAUGAAUAAAAGUAAUAAUGGCAAGAUUGGAAUAUUGACUUUGUACUUGAAGUUAUAAAAGAGUUUGCAUUCUGGUGGUUAGCUGGUAUGAACAAAAACUCCCUAAUAAUUUGUGAAAUUUUGUGAGUCAGUUUAUUCAAGUUUUAUAUUUAUCAAAAGUUCACUAGCUCCUAAGGGUUCAGGACUUUUCUUUGUUGCCACAGUGUGGCUUGAUAAUCAAUUUAGAAUAUUCUUUCUAAUGCAAGCAGUGAGAUCAUGGAUGUUCAUUUUUUUGUACCAUAUUGGCUUAAUUUUUAGAAUAAAAUAAAGAUGUAUAAUUAAAA